AUGUCUGUAGUUCGGCCACCUACCGAGGACUCUAACCCUGAGCCGAAAAGGGCUAGGAUGGAGAUCCGACCAAUGUUGAGUUUCUUAGAUGAGGAUAAGGUUGGAACCAUACAGCCAUAUGAUGAUGCCUUAGCGGUCACCCUCAAGAUAGGGGGGUAUAUGAAGAGGGUGUUGGUGGAUCAAGGCAACAGGACAGAGAUUAUGUACCCUGAUUUGUACAAAGGGCUAAACUUGAAACUUAAGGAUUUGAUAGCUUAUGAUCCACCUUUGUUAGGAUUUGAUGGGAAAGUUGUUAUUCCGAGAGGCCAGAUUAGACUACCUGUGCAAGCAGGUUUAGAAGUGGUAGAGGUGGACUUCAUUGUGAUGAAUGCUUAUUCUCCCUACACGACCAUUGUAGCAGGACCCUCGCUUCAUGCCCUAGGGGCCGUUUCUUCCACUCUGCAUUUGAAAGUGAAAUAUUCGUCCGGGGACCAAGUUGAGGAGCUAGUUGGGAGCCAGUCCGUGGCUAAGCAGUGCUUAGUAGCUGCAAUUAUGCAUCAACCUGAAGAUAAGUCCUCAGCCUCUACUCAAGCAGGCUUAUAG